AUGCCGAGAAAAAGGCAGCGCUCAGAUGAAGAUGAAGAGUCUCAAGCCCCGAGUAGGAAAGGCCUACGCUUAACAAGGAGUCGAGUGUGCAUGCAAUGCAAGAAGCAAAAGACGAAAUGUGAAACAAAGCCAGGUGAAACAUCAUGUAAUAGAUGCAUUCGCUAUGAAUUAGAGUGUAUUUCACAUGACAUAUCUCAACAAUUCCUACAGGAGGACUCGGCCUGGAAAACACAAACGACGGCAGAUAUUGCACUUCUACGGGCUGCUGUGAAUCAUCUCUUACAGCAAACCAAGCAACCGGAGCUAUGGACAUUCUCCAAUAGUCAAGUAGUCGGCUCACCACGUCCUCGCAUGGAUUCCCAGAAUGUAAGCCAGACCUCCAUGGCUGCAAUGGACAUGUCAAGAGAAAACUCCCCUCAGUUGCAAGAAGAAAAUUCAUCUGGUCUCGUUACAGUGCCUAUGCGCAAUCUAUACGAGCUUACUAGGCUGAAGAACCUGCGUGUUAAUGCAGGAUGGAAGCCGAAGUCCUCAUUGAUUCAUGAUGACUUCAUCUCUCAAGGGAUGGUCACACUUGCAGAGGCCGAAUACCUCUUUGAUCGUUUCAUGCGUAUCAACAAUAGAUUAUUGUGGGAUGGUAUACUGCCGUACCAUCGCACGCUAGAUUCUGUUCGACGUGCCUCAACACUGUUGGCAGCUGUUGUUCUCACCAUUGGUGCCUUACAUACUCCUGGGAAAACCGAGUCAUUCCACCAGAGCUAUGACGUGUUUGUCUCGCUUGUCUGCAGCUCGUCGCUGUCUCGUAAUCAUAGCGUCGAUGAUGUUCGGGCGCUUUGUAUUGGCGCAUUUUAUCUCGCGAAUCUCAGCUGGAAGCUGUCAGGACAGGCCACGCGGAUUGCCGCCGAGAUUGGGUUACACCAAUCGUAUCAAAAGUUAAUACAGGGAGAUGGCACGCAGCGUGAUCGUGUCUGUCUUUGGUACGCAACGUAUGUCUGUGAUCAUCAGUUCAGUAUCGCCCAUGGUCGUCCACCGGCGGCGGUUGAUGAUGAAUCAAUCCGAAAUAUUGAGCGGUUCAUGCAUACGGCAGAGGUAAACCCUGGCGAUGCGAGAUUGGCCGCACAGGUAGCACUAUUCGCUAUUUUAACAGAGGCCUACGUAGCCUUUGGGAAUGAACCAGACCGAUUGUUAGAAGACAAAGACUUCGAUAAGCUAUGGGUUUCUAACGUGGCAAUUGAUCAGUGGAGGCUCCAGUGGCAACCCCGCUCAAAGGACUGUGCUACCUUGGGGUCCUAUCCAUCAAAAGCCUUGGUACUGUACUAUCACUUUGCCCGCUUCCAGUUGAAUUCCCUAGCUUUGCGUGGCAUUAGUCCUUCUGGCCUGACCUCUAAUCCUGAACUUACCUCUAAGAGUCCUUUAUCACUGGCGCAUCGGGAGGCCGCCAAUGCAGCCAUUGCGGCGGCUAUAAGUACGCUCACCCUGAUAUUAGAAGAUGACGACCUUCGGCGUGCCUUUCCUGGUGUUCCCAUAUUUACCUAUACCAUGGUUGCGUUCUGCGCAACGUUUCUUUUGAAAAUGGCUGCCACAUGGGGGAAGAGCUCGACGCAAUUCGGUCUGGCCGUAAAUACAAGUCAUAUUGUCUCUCUUGUUCAGCGCUCUGCAGACAUGCUGGCUAAUGUUGCUAUGAGCCUCAAUGAACGACAUCUUGCGAAACAUAUAGCGACAGGAAUGCUUGAGAUGCUGCAGCAAUUCCGUGCUCUAGAUGAGAGUGACGUAACCGAACUUAGUAAUCGGAUAGAAGGAGACGAUAUAGACAAUUUCCCUGCUCUACCUUCUGAAUCUAACGACGGCAAUGCUUUCUGGGCAGGGGAUUAUAAUUUUUACGAUCUUGGAGGGACUUUUGGUUUCGGACUCGAUGAGACACUUCUCGGUCAGAUGGCAGCAGAUAACUUUGAACUGGGUAUAUAG